AACCAAUCAGAAAGCAGAGUCUUCAAAACAGGCCAAUCAGCUUCCGAGCUGUAGGUGUUCCGCUUUCCCUGGAAUCCUUCUCGCUGAUCCGACUUCAGAGUGAGAGAAUUCAAGAUGGCUGCCGCCUCAGGCUCCAGGUGAGGGUGCCAUUCCGACCAACCGUCUCCCUGAAGCGCAGUGCUGCAACCUGUCUCUGCUCCCCCCAGUGGAGACACCAUGUCCUCCACGUCGUCCUGCUCCUCGUCGGGAGAGACGAGCCCGGAGGACAUCCCCCGAGGAGGAGGAACCAUCCGCGUCUACCUCCCAAACAAACAGCGCACAGUGGUGAACGUACGUGCAGGUCAGACGGUGCAUGAUAGUCUGGACAAAGCGCUCAAGGUGCGAGGCCUCACUCAGGACUGUUGCGCCGUCUUCCGCCUCCUGGAAGGUCGCAAAAGGCUGACAGAAUGGAACACUGACAUCACACCCCUCGUCGGAGAGGAGCUUCUGGUCGAGGUUCUGGACGACGUCCCCCUCACAAUGCACAACUUCGUCCGUAAAACCUUCUUUAAGUUAGCGUACUGUGACUUCUGCCACAAGUUCCUGUUUAACGGCUUUCGGUGUCAGACAUGCGGCUACAAGUUCCACCAGCACUGUAGCAGCAAAGUGCCCACGGUAUGCGUGGACAUGGACACGGUGAAACGGUUUGCAGGAGAUUGCGCAACAGUGUCUGGUGAAGUUGUGUCCCAUUCUAUCUCCACUGCCAUGCCCCUAACACCCGAGUCUACCAGCUCAGCGCUGCUCUCCCCAGCCUCGGCGUUCCACUUCCCAAUGCCGGGAGGGGACGGUCAGUCUCUGCAGAGGCUACGCUCCACCUCAACCCCAAAUGUCCACAUGGUCAGCACGCUGGGGCCUGGGGCGGCCAAUCUCAUCGAGGAGGCAUUAAAAUCCAACAGUCUGAUAGGACCAGAUUCGUCUUCCAAACCUUCGACUAGUCCACCUCAUAUAGGCUCCCCAGGGCGAAAACCGCCCAAAUCCCCCCCAGAGCGCAAACCGGCCCCCAUGCUUGAUGGAAAAAGGGAAAGGAAUCAGCGUUACAGAGACUCAAGCUACUACUGGGAAGUGCCCUCGCACCAAGUGACCAAGCAGAAACGCAUCGGCGCCGGUUCCUUUGGCACCGUCUUUAAGGGCAAGUGGCAUGGCGACGUGGCCAUCAAGAUCCUCAAAGUGACCGAACCGACGCCGGAGCAGCUGCAGGCUUUUAGGAACGAAAUGCAGGUCCUGCGGAAGACGCGCCACGUCAACAUCCUGCUGUUCAUGGGCUUCAUGACGAAGCCGCACUUCGCCAUCAUCACGCAGUGGUGCGAAGGCAGCAGCCUUUACCGCCACCUGCACGUCACCGAGACCAAAUUCGACACCAUGAGGCGCAUCGACGUGGCACGGCAGACGGCGCAGGGCAUGGACUACCUUCACGCCAAGAACAUCAUCCACCGGGACCUGAAAUCGAACAAUAUCUUCCUACACGAGGGUUGGACGGUGAAGAUCGGCGACUUCGGCCUGGCCACGGUGAAGUCUCGCUGGAGCGGCUCACAGCAGGUGGAGCAGCCUAGUGGAUCUAUACUGUGGAUGGCUCCAGAGGUGAUCCGGAUGCAGGACCCGAACCCCUACACCUUCCAGUCGGACGUGUACGGCUACGGCGUGGUGCUGUACGAGCUCAUGUCCGGCACGCUGCCUUACGCCAAUAUCAACAACCGCGACCAGAUCAUUUUCAUGGUGGGUCGAGGCUACCUGUCCCCAGACCUCAGCAAGCUGUACAGCAACUGCCCCAAGUCGAUGAAACGCCUCAUCGUCGACUGUCUGAAAUUCAAACCGGACGAAAGGCCGCUUUUUCCUCAGAUCCUGGUGUCCAUCGAGCAGGUGCAGGAUCUUCUGCCGAAGAUCGAGCGCAGCGCCUCGGAGCCGUCGCUGCACCGCGCCGUUCACGCCGAGGACCUGAACCCGAUGCUGCUGCACACCACACGCUUCCUGCCUCUGUGAAAACCAGACCAUUCCGCACAAGAUUUCUCUCCUCCGCACUCACUACACACACACACACACACACACACACACACACAUUCCUGCUGUGCAUUCCUUGUCUCCGUAACACAUCAGUGGAACUUUCCAGUCAUUCCGUUUCUUUUUCUCCUGUUUGAACAAGUGAUCCUCUGAUAGGGUUCAUUCAUUAUUCAUAUUCAUACUCGAUGCUUCCCUUUGCAACCCGUGAGCAUUUUUUUUCCCCCCAGCAUUUAUUUAGAACGAAACCCAUUUCAAUCUUGUUUGCUUCAAUCUUGUUUGCCCCCGGCAUUUAGAAACACCAGUCGGUUUGCACUUUCAAUAUUACAAAUCCACACUACACCUUCCUGGUUCGUCAGCGUGCCUUCAUUAUACCAAGGUAACGAAGCAUUUUCUCCAAGUUUGGUUUAGUGUAAUAAAGCUAAAAACUUAAUUGGCUAUAAAGCGUGGUCAGAAAAAGACGUGCAUCGUCCAACUGGGGGUCUUGAAGAGCAUGUCCUGGUGAUUAUUUUUUCAUCGAACAGCCUGUACAGUGCGUUUGGCCGACCAGCUUCAGUCUGGACCGCGAAACAGCACAGUGGGAAUGGCUCACGAGCGCAGAUGGCUGAACUGAGCAAUCGUGUAGAGCUGCUUUGUGCCAAGACCGGAAAAGAACUAAGCAUUUGGCAGCAGUAAGUGUGUGUACAGUCAGCUCCAGAAUAUUGGCAUCCUCUGAUCAGCUUAACCUGAUGCCGGAAAAAGCCUGGGUAGAAACCUACAUUGAUCGACACACUCAGUACCAGUUGAACCAAUUCGAAAUUCAAAAGCUUUCCCAUUUGGAUUUGAAGUCUCCCGACCAAGACUGAUGCGAGUUCUUGUUAAGGAAGUUUAAGAGAUCAAACAAAGAUUUGAAGUCAAAUCUCUAGAGCAGGCCACCCAAUAUCUUCCACACCUCCAACCCAUGUAUCUUUAUGGAACUGGCUUUGUGCACAGGGUCACUGUCAUGCUGAUACAGGGGUGGGUCAUCCAAGGACAUAUACAAUGGUGUGCCAACAACAUUUUGUGGAAGAGACCAGAUAUGGCUGGAAAAGUCAGGUGUCCCGAUACUGUUUUCCCCAUAUAGUGUAUGAGGGGACACAAAUGCCACAUUGCUGGAAUCUUAGUUAAUUUUUUUUU